AUGGUGGUCGUAGCUUGGCGCUUGGGGCUGGGUUCCUCGCCUAGCGAGGAUUGUGUUUUUUUUAUGUUUUGGUUUCUGGUGGGUGAGGGGUUUCUGAUGGGUGAAGGGUUGAUUGGGGUUAGGAAUAGCAGUGUGUUUACGUGGGUUUCUUUGGUGGUGGCUAUUGGUUUGAGUGCAAGUGCUGAGGGUGGCUAUAAAUGGGCUGAACAGGGGGCUGGUCAAGGGCUGAUCGGGGGUGGCAGCGACGCCGUACUAGCCCUCUGCUUUGUUACCAAUUCAACCAUGAAGAAAUCUCAUUCAUUCAAGCUUUUGUUCCUUGUGUUUUUCCUCGUUCUAAACAUCAAACAAUCCCAGCAACAGCUUCCUAAUCAUGAGGGUGAUGUUAUUCCAAAGCAUUACCACCAAAUCAAUCUCACCCAUGUUACAGGACCCGAAAGCAUCGCUUUUGAUUGCAGAGGAGACGGGACAUAUGUUGGUGUAUCUGAUGGUAGAAUACUCAAAUGGCAAAGACAAAGUCUUGGUUGGAAAGAGUUUGCCAUACCUUCACCAAUCAGGGAGAGGAAGCUGUGGGAUGGUUCAGCAAAUCCCAGCCUCGAACCAAUAUGUGGAAGGCCAUUGGGUCUGAAAUUCAACAAAGAAACAUGUGAUCUCUACAUUGCAGAUGCUUACUUCGGUCUCCUAGUGGUCGGACCCAAUGGUGGCGUGGCUCAAACACUUGCUACUUCAGCCGAAGGAAUCCCAUUUAGAUUUACAAAUGGUUUAGACAUUGAUGCCAAUACCGGAGUUGCCUAUUUUACAGACAGUAGCCUUAUCUUUCAAAGGAGAAAAGUGUAUGUACUACACAAGGGACUCAUGUUUCCUAAUGGGAUUGCACUAAGCAAAAACGGUUCCUUCCUUCUACUGGCAGAAUCCAUUAAAAGGAGAAUUUUGAAGUUCAAGCUUGAUGCUGAUGCAAAUAGUUAUGUGCCAGAAGUGUUUGCCCAGCUACCCAGAGUUCCUGAUAAUAUAAAAAGGAAUGAAAAUGGAGAAUUUUGGGUAGCUCUUAACGCUGGAAGGUUAUGGAGCAUUCAAAAUGAUGCCCCUGAUCCUAUUGGGAUCAAAUAUGAUCAAGAAGGAAAUGUUAUGAAACAACUGGAUGGAUAUGGUGGAGUUACGUUGGACUCAAUUAGUGAAGUUAAUGAGUUUAAUGGAACAUUGUACAUUGGUUCAGUAACCAAGCCUUAUGUUGGCAUCUUAAAUGCCUAGAAUUUUCAAUUUAUAUAUUCCAUCUUUUCAUAUAAUUUAGGAUUAGGGUGAGAUAAUGUACUUCUAACUAUUAUAUUUAUCCUACAAUUAGC